CAAACCCGGAAACCCUUUCCAUCCACCACCUCCCCCCUCCUCAGCGCCGCCACACUCGCAGCUUCCUCGAUCUACCCAGCCAGCGUUAGGGUUCCCGACACCGCCGACCAUGACGAACGAGCAGCCGGCGGAGACCUUCACGGUGGAGGAGAUCGUGGCGGCGAACCCCUACAACCCCGACAUCCUCAACGACCUCGAGGUCUUUGUCAACGAGCAGGUUUCUUCACAAGCAUACAACUUGGAUGCAAAUCUCAGCCUUCUACGUCUUUACCAGUUUGAGCCAGAAAGGUUGAGCGUACAAAUUGUAGCGCGCAUAUUGAUUAAGGCUCUCAUGGCAAUGCCAGCCCCGGAUUUCAGCUUAUGCCUAUUCUUGAUUCCUGAACAUGUGCAAAUGGAGGAGCAGUUCAAGACCCUGAUAGUCCUUUCUCACUACCUAGAGACUGGUAGGUUCCGCCAGUUUUGGGAUGAGGCAUCAAAGAACCGUAACAUAUUGGAAGUUGUUCCAGGUUUUGAGCAGGCAAUCCAAGGCUAUGCGAUUCAUGUGCUCUCCUUAACAUACCAGAAAGUUCCUAGGCCAGUUCUAGCAGAGGCCAUCAACAUUGAAGGUCUUGCACUGGACAAGUUUAUGGAGUAUCAUGCCGCAAACUCAGGAUGGGUAAUUGAGAAGGGUGGACGCUCUCAACUGAUUGUCCUUCCACGCAACGAGUUCAAUCACCCCGAACUCAAGAAGAACGCAGCUGACACGGUUCCGUUCGAGCACAUCACCCGCAUAUUCCCUGUCUUGAGCUGAUUGAACAACCAUGACCGAAUUGACAUUGAGCACUUCUGUGGUCUUGGUUGCACACAGACCUCCUGAGAGUUUUCUAGAACAUGAGCGAAUGAAGAAGCUAGUCUUGGCAAUUGUAUUUUCUCUUCUGUGGUGUAGCGCGUUUUGACGUUUCAAGAUUGUGGGGUACGCCUGUGUUAGCUAAAUGAGUACCAAGUGAUGUUUCCUAAUGCAUUCCUGUCGACAUGUUACAAUUGCCUGAAAUUUCAUUAGUGCAAAAUUUUGUGCAUCACCACAA